CUCGAGGUCAGUGCAAGAGCAAAAUAAAGGUCAGGCAAGACACAGUGUGUUCUGUGUUAUACGUGUGUGAGUGACUAUGGUGUGACUAGCACACAUUUAUGGAGGGAAAACACCUGAUGAUUUAGCAUUAAUAUUCGAUAUUCAGCACAAGCUGGUAUGACUGUAUAGAAUGGCAAACCAGUUUGAAGACUUCCCUGAUUUAGUGUUAUCUCAUGUGGCUGACUUGCUUUGCCCAGAGGACGUAGCUAGACUCUCCCAGACCUGUCAUCGUCUCCACUCUGUGCUUCCCCACUUCAUGGUUAUACAUGGUGAAGAUUUUGAGAUACCUGGUCCAUACUCAGCCCCACCUGAACUUUAUUUCGAUGGUCCUAUCCUACCAAGUACAGUCAAGAAGCUUUCUCUAUCUGUGGUGUGGAAAGAUCAAGGCUGGGGAAAUCUAAAAGGCGAGAUAUUUCUACAAUUGAUGAGACAGACUAAUACAAGCAGUUCUCCCGUGAUGGUGGCAGAGAAAAGACGAGUGUUUGGGAUUGCUGAGCACCAUGAGAUGAAAGCAAACGCUGAGUUGAGAGAUGAUCCUGUCGUCAAGUUAGCAAAGCCUGGUGACUUCUAUAGGUUCAUGAGGAACGUAGGAGGAGGGGGAGGGCACUCGCUCACAGUCAGAAAGUUUAGGGUGAUCGUUACUUUACCAUGACCUGCUGGCUCUCAAAAUGUUGGUUUAAUAGUCUGUUAUAGUCUGCAAUAAUUACACAUUUGUUUUUUUAUGUUUUUAGCCAAUUCAAUUUUAUUUUUAGUUUCGAGUCCUAUUGUUUUGAUGUACUCAUUUUAGAAAUGGACUUAGAUUCUAUAGAUAUAGCCGAUCUACCUUUGAGAUAAAUAAUUAUUUACCACAUGGAAGUACCACAAUAGCCUUGUUUUAAAACAGUAUAAUUAUUAGCUACAGCUGCUAUUCAAUGUGUGUGUAUACUGGCCAUUCAGGCCCAACCUAUAACUGAAUCUCAUGCAUGUAUAUAGAUGUAGGUAAAGUUCGUAAACGAUACAUGCAUGCACAGUUCAGAACACUUUCAAUGUGACCGUGAACCUAAGAAACUAGAUCUAAGUAUGGAAAUCUCUGCCAGUUUGGUGUGUGUGUGCCUACUUGUACUGUUGUCGACACUCGUUACCAAGAGUGUGGGAUCCAAAGAUGUGGUUCAAGCUGAGCGGGACACUGAAAGAGAUAUAGUUCAUAUCCAACAAAGACCUCUGAUGGAAAGAGGCAGUGCACAAAUUUGGUGGCCUCAUGAACACUGGGGAAAGAAGAAGCACAAGCCAAAGAAAAAACCAGUUCGAAGGAAGCCACCACCUCGAAGAGUAAUCCACUACAAGCCUCGAAGAGUAAUCCACCCCAGGCCUAAGCCUAAAUGGCAUCCUCCAAAAAAUCAUCCACAACAAAUUCCUGGCUUCAAGCAGAAAUUUGACCUUCCACUACAUACGGUUUGUGAUAGUGCCAAAGGUGAAGGCCUAAUCCAAGUGAAAAGUAAAUAUGAUGGAUACUAUGGAGAUCGAGUAUGGGACUGGAAGUGUCAUAAGGUGGCACCUUCCCCUCUUAUUGACUGCUCCUGGUCACCUUACAUCAAUAACUGGAAACAGGAUAUUACCUAUAUGUGUCCGAAGAACAAGUUUAUGGCAGGAAUCAGGAGCCAUCACAUGAAUGCUCACGAGGACAGAAAAUGGAAAAUUCGAUGUUGUGGAGCCAAUGACUACCACACAGAGGACUGUCUCAUGACAGAAUAUGUGAAUAUGCUUCAUGGGGACUUAGACCACAAGGUGGGCUCUCCAUGUGGUGGAGGAGCCGGGGCCCUGGUUGGACUGGAUAGUCAUUAUAAGCAAAAAGAUAGACGAUGGAGGAUAUUUGAAUGCAGUGUGCAUGCUGGUUAAUAGUGGACCAGGAUCUAAGACAUUUCUACUAGCUGAGUUUAUGGAGCUCUUAACAGAUGUACAAAUGUAACUAUAGCAUUCUGAUAACUAUAGAGUGACUUAUUGUGUGGUUAGUGAAUAGUAAUGUUUUACAGAUCUGUUACAAAAUGCUCAUUGUUCAAUUAAUUUGGGUAUAUAUAUAUAGUUCAAGUGUUAAAU